AUGGAUAAAGAACUGCAGUCUUUUGUUGAAGAGAUACCGUUCUUGAACUACGCAGAGGUGACUCCAAGUACAGCGACACAUGAACAUGAGGAACACAAGAGAGAUCCUAUUCGUAUAGCGAAAGACGUGUUUGCCGGAACCAUGGGAGGUGUUGCACAGGUUCUUGUGGGGCAACCGUUUGAUACUGCAAAGGUGAGAUUGCAGUCAGACGCACUGGGUAAAUACUCUGGAAUGCUAGACGUUUCAAGAACGCUCGUUAAAAAUGAAGGUGUGCGCGCUUUUUACAAAGGUACCAUGGCACCGUUGGUUGGUGUUGGAGUGUGCGUUUCCAUUCAAUUUGCCGUUAACGAAUACAUGAAGCGUGUUGUUUUCCACAAUAAACCAGACUUGUCAUCCCUCCAAUACUGGAUUGCAGGUACGUGCGCAGGAUUCGCAAAUAGUGUUGUGGCAAGUCCAAUUGAGAAUAUCAGAUCAAAGUUGCAGAUGAGUGUAUCUGGCAACAUGCGCACAGUGGAACUGAUCAAGGAGAUAUACUCCAAGGCUGGUUUUUGCCAUGGUAUAAUGAGAGGUUAUACCGCAACGCUAAUACGUGGAAUGGGUACUGGUAUCUAUUUCAUGACUUUUGAAAAACUAGUGGCACAUGACAUGAGAACGCACAAGCUUGAACGUAAGGAGAUCCCAGGCUGGAGAAUGUGCUUAUAUGGAGGAAUCGCAGGCAAUUGUAUGUGGGCUGCUUCGUACCCUGUCGAUUUCGUAAAGACUAAGCUCCAGACCGACUCGCUGGAUACCCCAAAGUACAGAGGCAUGAAAGACGUUGUGGUGGCUGUAUACAAAGCCAGAGGUGUAGCUGGAUUCUUCAAAGGAUUUGUACCUACAAUGCUAAGAGCAGCACCUGCAAAUGCUGCGACUUUCUAUGCAUUCGAGCUUACAAUUAGAGCAUUGGGUUAG